UAAAUACGCACACAAAAUUCGAUCUUCUUCCCAACUCUCUCUCGCAAACACUCUGCUUUCUCUCUCUAAAGUCUCACUCCAUCGCAGAAAAAUCGUAAUCCCUCGCGCCACCAAUUCUCAAUUGAUCUCAAAUCUGGAGCUUUUCCUCAACUUCUAUGAAUUCAAUUAUUCGGAAAGAUUCCUAGAUUAGCACAUAAUGGGACCCACAAGAAAGUCGAGAAGUGCGAAUAACCGCUAUUCUUAUAUCGACGAUGUAUCUCCCAGCAAAGAUGGAUAUAAUGCUAAAAAAAGUAACAGUCGGAAAAGAAAGUUGUCUGACAUGCUUGGGCCUCGGUGGACCAUGGAAGAGCUAACUCGUUUUUAUGACUCUUACCGCAAGUACAGUAAAGAGUGGAAGAAGGUAGCUGGUGCUGUCAGAAAUCGUUCACCAGAAAUGGUGGAGGCCCUUUACACAAUGAAUCGGGCAUACUUAUCUCUUCCACAUGGAACUGCUUCUGCAGCUGGGUUAAUCGCCAUGAUGACUGAUCACUAUAGCAAUCUGGCAGGCAGUGAUAGUGACCAAGAGAACAAUGGUGGAGCAGGAUCAUCCCGGAAGACACAGAAGCGAGCUCGUGGGAAAGUGGAGCCCCCCACUCCUAAAGCAUUAGAUGAGCACAUUGCUUCACAAUCUCUAAUCACUGCAUCAAAUUAUGGCUGCCUUUCAUUAUUGAAAAAGAAUCGCUCUGGUGUGAGCAGAGAUCGUCCUGUCGGAAAAAGAACUCCAAGGUUCCCUGUUUCAUUUUCACGUGAAAAUAUCAACGGGGAGAAAUUUUUUUCUCCAACAAGGCAGGGCCUGAAAUUAAAGGCCAAUGCUGAUGACAAUGAAGUAGCUCAUGAGAUAGCUAUAGCUUUGGCAGAGGCAUCACAGAGAGGUGGUUCCCCCAAGGUUUCUGGUUCGCUGAAUAAAAGAGCUGAAAGUGUGAUGUCAUCACCUUUUAGGCAUGCUCAAAGAAAGCAUAAUAUAGCAGAGAUAUCAAAUGGCAAACUCUUGGCAACAGACACAGAUGAAGAAGAUUUAGAAGGAAGCACAGAAGCUGACACUGGUGAAUUAUCUAGGUGUAAACCCCAUUUGAUUGAAUCUGUAAGUAUUGGUACAACGAGAAGGAAGGGCAACAAAUUUGAAGGGAGAAAACAUGAAGUUGAUAACAGUAUUGAGAAUCAUUUGGAUGACAUCAAGGAAGAAUGCAGUGGAACAGAGGAAGGUCAGCAACUGCUGAGUGCAAUGAGAAAAAAGUUUGAUGUGGAGGCCAAUGAGUCCAAGGUGUCCAGAUCUCCUAUGCUGAACAAGAGCAAAAAGGUUCUCUUUGGAAGAGAUGAAGAACCUGCUUUUGAUGCCCUGCAAACACUGGCGGAUUUGUCACUGAUGAUGCCAACAGAUCAUGAAGAUGAUUCAAGGACACUGUUUAAAGAUGAACAUGAUUAUGUUGACGAGACUGUGCCAUUAGAAUCUCCACCGGCAAACCAGCCAAGAGAAAAACGUAGAUCCUCAGGGGUAAGAAUGAAAGGACAUCUAGCAUCAAGUGUUGAAGUUGCUUGUAGCAAAACAUCAAAACCUGGAAAUAGUUCAGUUUUUCAUGGUAGUUCUGUUCUUGAAGAAAACCAGGAUUCCCAUCAGUCUACCACCAAAUCAAGAAAAAAACAAAAGAUGCCAGUGCAUAAGGUGAGAAAGGCAUAUUGUUUAUUUAUUAUUAUUAAUAAUUAUUCUCACAUAGUCAAUCAGGUUAAUUUACCUACUAAAAUGAGGAGCCGGCGUAAGCUGAGUCUUAAAAAACCAUUGAUCUCAAACAAUGAGAGUAAUCUUUCUCUUGGUUCACUCCAUGAAACAGUACCUAGAUUUAAGAACCUGUUGAAUUGUUUAUCAAAUCAGCGCCUGAGGAGAUGGUGCACUUAUGAAUGGUUCUACAGUGGCAUUGAUUAUCCAUGGUUUGCAAAGAGGGAGUUUGUUGAAUAUCUGUAUCAUGUUGGAUUGGGUCAUGUACCAAGAUUAACUCGUGUAGAGUGGGGUGUCAUAAGAAGUUCACUUGGUAAACCACGGCGAUUUUCAGAGCAGUUCCUGAAGGAAGAAAAAGAGAAGCUUAAUCAGUAUCGAGAUACAGUUAGAAAACACUACUCUGAUCUGCGCGAAGGUCUCAGGGAUGGACUACCGACUGACCUUGCAAGGCCUUUAUCAGUUGGUCAGCGUGUCAUUGCUAUUCAUCCAAAAACGAGGGAGAUUCAUGAUGGAAGUGUGUUAACUGUUGAUCACUCGAAGUGCCGGGUUCAAUUUGACCGUCAAGAGCUAGGGGUUGAAUUUGUCAUGGAUAUUGACUGCAUGCCUGUAAAUCCAUUUGAGAACAUGCCUGCAAUGCUUGGCAGACACACAAUCACCGCUGAAAUGUUUUUUGAGAGCCUCAAUCAACUGAAAGAGAAUGGACGAGCAAAGGAGUACAUUAAGCUUUCUCGUAGUGACAACCUGGAUGAUAUUUCUGCUCUAUCUUUAUUAGCUAAUCCUGCCAGUUUGCUGAAGCAAUCAAAGGUUGCUUCAGAUGUUCCAACAAGGCCGGGAACUGGUGAUACCGCAAGGUACCAGCAAACAUAUUCUCAGUCCAGUACACCAGCUCAAAUCCAGGCAAAGGAAGCUGACAUUCAAGCUCUUGCACAACUAACUCGUGCCCUCGAUAAAAAGGAAGCUAUUGUUCGUGAAUUGAGGCUUAUGAAUGAUGAUGUGUUGGAAAGUCAGAAGGAUGGUGAUAGCCCUUUGAAAGAAUCGGAACCCUUCAAAAAGCAAUAUGCUGCGGUGCUUAUACAAUUGAAUGAAGCCAAUGAACAGGUCUCUUUAGCUUUACACUGCUUGAGAGAACGAAACACGUAUCAAGGAAAAUUUCCACUUGCAUGGCCCGGGCCACUUCUUGAUCUUGCUAAUCCUGGUAACACAUUCAAUUCUUUUGACCGUUCUGCAUGUCAAACUCAAGAAGUGGGAUCGCAUGUGAAUGAAAUCAUGGAUAGCUCCAAAACAAAAGCUCAGACUAUGGUCGAUGCUGCAUUGCAGGCGAUAUCAUCACUGAAGAAUAGGGAUGAUACCGUGGAGAAGAUUGAAGAAGCCAUAGACUAUGUAAAUGAACGGCUUCCCUCGGAUGAUUCCUGCAUGCCAGUGAGAACUGAUCCUAAAUCCUCAAAUGCAUCUGACGUUGAGGCCAAAAUUCCCUCCGAGCUGAUCACAAAAUGUAUAGCAACUUUGCUAAUGAUUCAGAAGUGUACCGAACGACAGUUUCCUCCAUCUGAUGUGGCACAAAUACUAGAUUCUGCUGUGACAAGCCUACAGCCACGAAGUUCGCAAAACCUUCCUGUUUAUACCGAGAUACAGAAGUGCGUGGGCAUCAUCAAGAACCAGAUAUUGGCGCUAAUACCUACUUAGUUAACCAGGUCCCCUCCAAUUGCCUUGUCAAUUUCUUUUGUCUCGGCUCUACCCUUUCUGUUACAUUCACAGGUUAGAUUUUAAUCCUACCAAUUCUUCGUAUUUCCAUCCACCGGGAUCUGCUAGUUUUCUAGUUGUGGGAGAUGAGUGAAGAACGCGUUGAUAUAAAUAUUUGUACAUGAUUUGCCAUCAACUCUAUAUGGCAGUCGCUUCGACUGCGUAACCUACAGUUUACGUUUUGUAGGGGAUGCCAUUAGCAAAUUGUAAAUCAGUUAGAGAGGCGAUGAAAGUGCAAUAAGUUGAAUAAAAUUCAACGUUUUUCUUGCUCAAA